GAAGAUUCGAGUUUAGCACCUCUUCAUGUUCCAACCCCACUUUGAAAUGCAUAUGUACCGUGGAGUUUAGUGUUGAUCUCUAUGGUAUUUUAAAUUUGUUGAUAUUAUUGUGAGAAACUUCAGUGAAGGAGGUUUUCUCGCAGGCUGCAUUUCUGUAUUAUAGUAUGCCAACUGCCAAAUCCCAGUGUGUGAUCGCUGUCCACGCUGUUUUUUUUUUUUUGGUGAAAAAAAAAAUGCAAACACGGUUCCUUUCGCUACGUAACCCUAAAAAUAAAAUCCCUCUUCUCUCUUCUUUCAUCCCCGAGGAAGCUGCCAACCGUUCUCUGUUUGUGAGCGUCUCUCUCUAUCUCUCUCGCUUCAACGCCGGCACCGCUCAGGUAGCACUUUUGAGGUAGCUAAUUUGCGAUAGAAUGGCUCCUGCAAAAACUCCUGCUAAGAAACCUGAUGCCAAGGGUCAGGCCUUGAAGGCAGCCAAAGCAGUGAAGUCCGGGUCCUUCACACUGAAGAAAAAGACAAAGAAAAUCCGAACAUCUGUUACUUUCCAUCGACCGAAGACACUGAAGAAAGAACGUAAUCCAAAGUAUCCUCGCAUCAGUGCAGCACCAAGGAACAAGUUGGAUCAGUAUGAGAUCCUCAAGUAUCCGCUGACCACUGAAUCAGCUAUGAAGAAGAUUGAGGACAACAACACCCUCGUCUUCAUAGUGGACAUCAGGGCGGAUAAGAAGAAAAUCAAGGCAGCCGUAAAGAAAAUGUAUGACAUUCAAGCCAAGAAGGUUAACACGUUGGUCAGGCCUGACGGAACAAAGAAAGCAUAUGUGAGGCUUACGCCAGAUUAUGAUGCUUUGGAUGUUGCAAACAAGAUCGGCAUCAUCUAAAUUGGAUCAGUUGCCUGCCUCUGUUUUCUUGCUUUUUUUCCAGAAAAAAAAAUUGUGAUUAUGGAGUUUCGGAUGGACGAAAAAUCUAUGCCGGGAGCUGUAGUCAGUCUAACUAGGACCUGUAUCUUCAGUUAAUGAAUUUUGUCUUAGAGCCUGGGGCAUUGAAAGUUUAAUCAUAUGUAGUUUGAUUGACAUUCUUUUGAACCAUGUGAAUGUAUUUUUUGCUGUUGCUUUACAGGGUUUCUGAAUGUAUUUUUUGCUGUAUCUUCAGUUAAUGAAUUUUGUCUUAGAGCCUGGGGCAUUGAAAGUUUAA